AGAUUCACCAACAACAUGGAAGCUAAAAACAAAACAGGUUUUUCACAAUUCUUUCUACUGGGACUAUCAGAUGAUCCAGCACAAGAAUCAUUCAUAUUCAGCCUCUUUCUAUUUAUAUACAUAGUCACCAUCUUGGGAAACCUGCUCAUUGUCAUGGCUGUGAGCUCUGAAACACAUCUCCACACUCCCAUGUACUUCUUUCUCUCCAACUUGUCAUUUGCUGACAUCUGUUUAAGCACAACCACAAUCCCAAAGAUGCUGGUUAGCAUCCAAGCACAGGAUAAAAACAUCACUUACACAGGUUGCCUUGCUCAGGUCUGCUUUGUCUGGGAUUUUGCUUUCUUGGAAAACUUUCUUUUGGCAGUAAUGGCUUAUGAUCGCUAUGUGGCCAUUUGUCACCCCCUGAACUACACAAUUAUCAUGAAUCCUCACCUCUGUGGUCUUCUAAUGCUUUUGUCCCUUCUAACUAGUGCUGUGAGUACUAUACUCGUCAAUCUGAUGGUGUUGCACUUGUCUUUUUGCAAAAACAUGGAAAUUCCCCACUUUUUCUGUGAACUUGCUCAGGUAAUCAAACUCUCCUGUUCUGAUACCCUCAUCAAUAAUGUACUGACGUAUGUUACAACAUUCAUAUUUUGUAUUAUUCCUCUCUGUGGAAUCAUUUUCUCUUACACUAAAAUUGUCUCUUCUGUUUUGAAAAUAUCUUCAGUGACUGGAAGGUUCAAAGCCUUUUCUACUUGUGGAUCUCACUUGUUAGUAGUGUCCCUCUUCUAUGGUUCAGGAUUGGGUGUGUAUAUUAGCUCUGCAGUUGGUGACUCACCCAGAAAGACUGCUGUAGUUUCAGUGAUGUAUUCUGUGGUCCCUCAGAUGAUGAACCCAUUUAUCUACAGCCUGAGAAACAAGGACAUGAAGGAAGCCUUCAAAAAAUUCAUCUCUAGGUUAGCUUCUCUUCUGUGA